CUUGGAACGUUUAUCAGACAUUAUGCUUAAGGUAUGGAUACGUUCAGUGUCCAGUUUUCCUGAUGUUCCUGGAAUGUUAUCCCUCGGCUAGGGCUAAAACUUCAAAUAAGACUUAAACUAAAAAAUAAGUGAAAGGCAUGGUAGAGUAGUUAGUAAUACUGUCGCUUUAAAGGUCAUGGGUCCAAGGUUGGAUGGUGUGUUAUACAGUAUGUACAUACAUACAGCCCUUUUAUAAAUUAUUUUACUAAAAAAGUAUUUUUUAAUAUUAGUACCUGAACAUGAUUUUAAUGCAAGUAAGUUUACCACGAUCUUGUUGACAAAACCUUUGUUAAAUGUAAAAUGUGGAAAUAUUGUUCUAUCGUUGUUAUGGUAAGAGUGUUCUCUGCCAGCUUGAGCAGUUGUGUGAAGGUCCUCUCAAAGUCCUGGGAAAGUUCCCUGUUAGCCGGGCUGUAUCUUCUGGUUGAUGUUUUAGUCUGGCUAACCUAUUUAUACAACCGAUACCUACACCUUCCUCCAAAUAUGGUGGAGGUACUUAAAGUAUGAGGGUUUGGGUAUUUGGCUACAGUUGGUUGCAUUGAAAGAAGGUUUAAAGUAUCAAAUGGUGUUGAUCGUCUGUGUUAAGGGAGGAGUAGUUGGGCCCCUGUCCUGCUGCAUGCCCAGUACACAGGAGUACAUAUGUUUGCCAUUUUAUAAUGCAUUGGAUUGUUGUCCAUGUGUAACACUGCAUAUGUGAUGGAUGCGAAACACGUCUUUGGAGUCAUACAGAGACAGGAAAUGUGGUCUUUAUGAGAAGUAUUUGUGUUGUCUUGGACUUCACCCUGGAGCGUCUUCAAGGGGAUCCACCCCAUUACACGCUUAUCUGUGAUUCAUAUCAGAAAAAUAUAAUGGUGUCUGGUUUUAAUAUUUCCCGUGUGCUAAUAUGGAAAGCAUUUUAGAAGCAAUGAGUGUUCUUGUGUAACGCUAUACACUCUGGCCGGGUUGUGAGUGAUUCGGAGUGUGAACAAAGAGUGUGAUACGAGUGUACCUGAGUGGGAUCUCUUAGUGAUGUGGGGUGAGUUUUCAGUGUCAGGUGGGUGAGAAACCUUCUCAAAGAAUCUCUUCAUGAAGCAAGAGGUUUGAUAAACAGUGUUGCAGAUGGACUAUGGAGCUUGGAAGCAAAGAAUUCUGUCACUUUGGACAAAAGCAUUUGCUAAAUGUGUAAAUGAACACAAGCACACACAAACCUCUAUGGUCUACACACUGAGCUGCUGGUCUGUUAGGAAUUCCAUCUGCAGUGUUUGGUCUACACACAGCUGCUGGUCUGCGUUAGGAAUUCCAUCUGCAGUGUGGAGCAGACAUUAAUGGAAUCAACUAGCAGCCAGGCAGAAGGGAAGGUCAUUUCCCUUGGGAGUAAUUGUUUUAUUAUUAAAUUAUUUUGUGGUCAUUUGUCAAGAUUAAAAAGAGCUUUACAAUACCAAAAAUAAAUACAAUGUAAAAUAAUAUAUACACACAAACACACUAAAAAGCAUUAAGAGAUGUGGUGUGUAAAUAAAGUAGGAGUGUGGAUGUGCAAAAGUGUGAACAUCAUACCACAUAAAUGAGCAAAAAUGCAUUAUAACGUGCAAAAGAACAAAAUUGUCUUAAUAAAUACUAAAAUAAAUAUUUAAAACGGACCAAAAGUGUCAGGAUAAGCAGUAAGAAAGUGACCCCAGUGCUUGACUUGGGCCAGUGUGAAGUUUUAGCCCCCCCCCCGACCAAAGUGAGAGGAAGUAUAGUUUCAUUUCUGUGGUUCUUUCACAGGGAAGGCUUGUUUUUAGACAGCCUGCUUGCGUACAUUUACUGUUUCUGUUCAGGAAGAGAGCUGCGUAAUCUCCAGCGAAAUUACCUAGUUACCUGAGCUCUGUCAGUACUUUCGUAAGACGUCACAGAAAGUCGCAGAGUCUGAUGAUUAGGAUUAGGGUGUGCAGGAUAAUCCAUGUCAGCUUUAAGGGUUCCUGUGCUUCGCUAAAUAGUUUGGUGAUUCUUAUGCUUUGACUGGUUUAUUUCCUUGAGUGAAAGACUCAUCCAGCCAUUUCACAUUAACGUUAGUGACACAUUCAUGAUUGUAGGAGACUCAUCGACCAACAGAAAGCUCAGUGCUAAAGUGAAAUCUGGGUCCUUUUAAUUGAAAUGAUAGUUUACGAAUCCUGUCUUAGCUGCAAGUGUCCACCCUGACAGGCAUUUUCUGGUCACCAUAAUUAGGAUGUACAGGAGGUUUGCAGGCUGAUUCGUAACUGGUGUGCUCUCCAGAACUGGGACUUGGGACAUGAUGAUCGACAAAAAAAGCUUUCAUUUUGAUUCAGCGGAUGCUAAAUGUGAAAGGGUGACUGUCUGCAUGCACGAAAAUGCUGCAAGAAACAUAUUCAGGAUUUAAACAAUCAAGGUAGUUAAGGGGCACAUGAUGAUUACAGUGCAUCGCUGCACCCACCGCUUAACAAACCACCUCCGGGAUGAGAACUUGAGUGCAGCGGAUGAUACCUCAACACCACCCUAGUCCAAUCAGACCAGUGUGAGUCCCCCCCCCCAGUGGCUGGAAUGCCAAUCCUGCCAUCAACCCCCAAAUUUCCCUGUAAGUUGGAGGACCACCUUACAGGGCCAGAGGUAGAUUAAUAUCUGCAGGUUAAGGGCCUUGCUGAAGGGCCCAAUGGAGUAGGAUCACUCCUAGCAUUCUCAGGAUUCAAACCAACAACUUUCCAGUUGCUAGCACAGAUCCCUAACCUCUGAGCCACCAUUCCACGCAAUCAAGGGCUUCUUAAUAAUUUGAGGCGAGUUGUUGACUGAGCAUCCAGCGAGCCAGUCAGCCCAUCUGCAUAGUGAACAGUGUGCUUCUCUGCUCUGUGGCCUACUGACCAAAUGCUCAAACAAACUCAUCAGGAAGGCCAUCAGGAUCUGGAGAACAUAAUGAAUGAUUCUGCUGUUUAGCUCCCGGCUCAUUCCACCAUGGGGUGUUAAUUUUAAGUUUAAAAGAUCCAAGAUGGCCGGAUCAUCCGAACUGGUGUUCAACACGUACGCACAGAUAACCGUGAGGGUUCGUCCCCUGACAAGAAGUCGUAGGGAGGCGACCCUCUCAUCCACUGGGGUAAACUCCAACGCACUGGCACCAACCCAUAGGGCUAUAAGUAUUCCUAACCCUGCCCGGUGCCUCUCACCAUGGGCAACAGCAGAAUAUCUAGUCGGUAUCUCUCUACCUCUCGCACCAGCUCAGGCUCCUUUCCCAUCAGAGAGGUUACAUUCCAUGUAGCUAGAGCCAGUUUUGGUAGCCAGCAAUCGCUCGCUGAGGCCCCUGCCUUUGACUGCCACCCGAUCGCCAUUGCACCAGACCCCCACAGCUCCCUGUAUGCACCCUGCAGUGUGUAGGUGGCUGCCCAGGGUUGGUUCCCACCUGUGUACCUUGUUUCUGGGAUAGGUUCCAGUCCCCCCACAACCCCAGUUGGGAUUAGGUGGUUAUGGUGAUAGACGGAUAGAAGCACCAGUGCUAUUUCCCAAAAAAUUAGUCUGGAGCCCUGUGUUGGGACAGGUAUAUAACUUCCCACAAAUGAAUGGACACCCUAUACAGCACUGCAUCACAUUUUAUGCACUGGAAGGGCAGCUAUUUAUAAAAGGGCAAGCACACUGAUGCACUCACACAGUAUCCGCAAUCUGAAGAUGCCAAUCCACUUGCCAUCAAGUCUAUAGCGGCAUGAAACUGGAGCAUCUGGAGGAAAUGCGGGAAAACCCCAUCAGUUCUACACACAGAACCAGGCCAGGAUUCAACCCAAUUUUUUUGAGCCCCACUCUUGCCCCCCCCCCCCCCCAUCUCCAUACCAUUAUCUGUGCUUUGAAUAGUGACGUAUGCACCGCAGUUCUGAGGUCAGCAAUGGUGUCGAAGCAAAAGCAAACCUUGCAAAUGCCCCAUUUUUUAAUGAGAGCUGUUGUCAUUUCCUGCAAUCUGUGGUUUAUAAACGUUAAGAGACAGAACCUGCAAAGCUUUAUCUCACAGACUGUAGUACCUGCUGGGAGGGAAUCGCUUGGUGACCUCUGGAAGAAAACGAGAGCAGGUUGCUCCUUCAAGCAUGGGUGUCCACUUGCCAGCAGUCAUAGUUCCGGCCUUGUUGGCCGUAACCCUGCGAACCACGGCCGAAGGCGGCCAGGAGUCCUGCAGGAGUUCUGCCUGUGCCUGUGCUAUCCAGCAGGCCCAGAGGCUCGCCGCACUUACGCACUGGCACUCAGCUAAUCUGCUGCAGAGAUAUAUGGAGAGUGAAGAGCUGUCGCACCAGUGGAAAGAGAUAGCAGGGGUAGGUGCCCCAGAGGUGACACUUAAAGGUCAGAGCUUCCCGGAACAUCUGGAAAGCAUCUACAGUGGACUGAAAGUCUUCGGCUGGCACUUAGACAUUGUGAUUGAGCACCAGAAGAACCUUCAUCAGACCUCCAGCCUUUUGCUGCAUGACUUCUCAGGCACCAGCCGGAGGGUCUGCUACCUCAUCAGCACCUUGCAUCACCUUCUGCAGAUGUUCCACCCCAAUGGCAUCUACUCCACUGUGGGACAAAGGCCCACUCCAAAGACUCAGAGCACAUUUAAGCAGAAGAUCUAUGCCUACAUUGUGCUUCUGAGGUUCAACGUCUUUCUUCAGCAAACACAGCAGGAGCUUGCAUCCUUUAAGGAGAAAUCUGAUCUUAAAUGUGAACUAUGAUUAACAUGCCCAUAUUCUGACCAUUCUGAUUUGUAGUGCUAUCUAUCAAUAUUUAGUUAUUUACAUGAUUUCUAUACCCUAUAUAAAACUGAUAUCAGUACAAGUGUAAAUUUAAGUCAUAAUUUACGUGUUUUUUUUCCCAAUGGUCAAUAGUUAGAGUGAUAUGUGUCAAGGGUGGGUGUCUGUGCCCUGAAUCUUUUCUACCAUUGUUUUAUAUGUAGUUUUCAAAUAAACAC